AUGCAGCAGCUUCUCCCUGCCCUGCUGCUCCUCAUCCUAACUCAUCUCCCGGUGGCCAUCAAAGACCUCGUUGCAUUCGAUGUAAAAGACUAUGGAGCUGCGGGUGAUGGCAUCACGGACGACACACAGGCAUUUGCAGAUGCGUGGGAAGCUACAUGCAGGAAGGCUACAGGUCUUCCCAUCAUGUUCAUCCCUGGGAAGAAUAAGUUCUUAGUGAGCCCCAUCAUAUUUAAGGGGCCAUGCAAGGCCUCCAAUGUCCUGGUUCAGGUUGAAGGAACACUUGUGGCACCUGACAGCCCGAGCACAUGGAACUUCACCGACGCCUCCCUCUGGAUUCAGUUCAAGUCCGUCGAUGGGCUGAGACUCACCAGUUCUGGCUUUGGUCUGUUUGACGGCCGAGGAUCCAACUGGUGGAGGCAAUCUUGCAAACUCGAUCCCAGAAAGGGAUGCACUUCUUUGGCCCCAACUGCAGUAAAAUUUGUGCAGUGCAAUGACCUUGCAGUGAGCAGUCUGCGGUUCAUAAACAGCCCACAGACACAUAUUUUGAUAAUAGACAGUAACAGGGUUUACGUCACUAACCUUAACAUCACAGCUCCUGGGACGAGUCCCAAUACUGAUGGCAUCCACAUCCAUGCUUCCCGACAUGUUUAUAUCCAAGACACCAUCAUAGGAACAGGUGAUGACUGCAUUUCAAUCGGGGAUCGUACCAGUGACAUAGUUGUAACACGGAUAACAUGCGGUCCGGGACAUGGAAUAAGUGUAGGAAGCUUAGGCAGGGGAGGCUCAAAUGUUUCAGUUGAAAGGAUUCAAGUAUCUUAUGUGAACUUUUUUAACACAACCAAUGGUGCUAGGAUCAAAACUUGGCAGGGAGCCACAGGUUAUGCAAAAUCAAUGUCAUUCGAGAAAAUCAAAUUCAACAAUGUACAAAAUCCUAUCAUAAUUGAUCAAAACUAUGGUGCUAAAGCCAACAAUUAUACCAUUCAGGUAUGCAACUAUUAUAACCAAAAUUAUCAUCAUCACGGAUGUGAUAUUUUUUAUAUAUAUCAUCACCAUCAUGAUAGCUACACGGUUCUGCCCUUGUUUUCUGUCUCUUCCCACAAUUUUGAUGGAAAUCUUUUCCCACAUGUUCAUUAGAAGGUUUCAGAGCAUGUGAUGAACCUGAAGAUUAGAUAGUAAACACGUAAACAAGGUUAUAAAAUAGUUGACCAGCCACCAAAAGACAUCAAAUUGCAUCAAAAUUUAUCGACUUGACCACACCUUUUUAAUUAUUCAUUUAUUGUAUACCACACCUUUUUACUGUCAAUACAUAGAUGUCGAGAAAGUCAAAUAAGAAACAUUUCCUAUUUUGAUCUUCAAUGGAUAGUUAGUAAAGAUAGUCAAAUCAGUAACUUGCAGAGCACCAGGGCUCAUGAAUUGUCUUAAGCCUAAAUAGUAUUUAGAGGGAUAAGAAGCAGAUGACAGCAUAUACAUUUCCUUAUGUGUGUUCAGUUAGGAGUGUCCUAUAUUACCAUGAAGUAUGUAGGGGAUCAAAUGCUUUACCUCUCUUUCUACUAGAUGGGACACUGCUGGUCAAUUACAUAUCCUUGAUGUCUUUGAUUUCUGUUCUUUGUUAUCUCUUUCUAGUGUCAUAUAUAAGUUGAUGGUACAGAAAGUUUAUCAA